AUGCCAUGCCACACCCAGGAGGAUCGCAGUGCAGGUGGCAGUGUAGGUGCACGUGGCGUUGCUUCUCAUUCUCACUGUGCCUCCCUCUCCCAUUCUCCACCCUCCCUUCCCCUCCCCACUCUCCUCUCCCCCCUGUUGCCAGUUGCAAGCAGCCAUCCUGUCUCUGCUCGACCGCCUGCGACUGCCUUACAGCUCAGUGAGAGUGGAGGGCACAUCCAGGAGGGUCGCAGUGCAGGUGGCGGGGCUGGUGUGUUGAUUCUCUUCCCUUGUCUCCGUCCCCUGUUGCCAACCCCCCUCUGCCAGUUGCAAGCAGCCAUCCCGCCUCUGCUCGACCGCCUGCGGCUCCCGUACAGCUCAGUGCGUGUGGAGGGCACACCCAGGAGGUUGCAAGCAGCCAUCCCGCCUCUGCUCGACCGCCUGCGACUGCCUUAUAGCUCAGUGAGAGUGGGGGGCACACCCAGGAGGGUCGCGGUGCAGGUGGCGGGGCUGGCAGCGUGGCAGCAGUGCGAGCAGCGGGAGGUGCGGGGCCCGCCCGCUAACAAGGCAUUUGACAAGGAUGGGAAGCCCACUAAGGCGCUAGAGGGCUUCUGCAAGCGUAACGCGGUAACCGCAGAUGCGGUAACCACGCGGGCGGACGACAAGGGCGUGGAGUACGUGUGGGCGAGUGUGAGCGAGGAGAGCCGACCCGCGUGGGCCGUGCUGGGGGAGCAACUUCCAGCUGUUAUUGCUGGGAUCGCGUUUCCCAAGACCAUGCGGUGGAACUCACAGGUAGCAUUCAGCCGCCCCAUCCGGUGGCUACUCGCCAUGCACGGCGACACGGUGGUGCCCUUCGCCUAUGCAGGUCUAGCAUCAGGCAACGAGUCGUGGCUGCUCAGAAAUGCGCCAGAGACAGAGACACGAGUGCAGCUACCAUCUGCAGAGGAGUACGCAGCAGCCAUCGCAGCUGCAGGCAUCACCCUCUCCAUUCAG